UUUGAAGGGGGGGGGGGAAUAGGACAUAAAUCGCGUACUGCUGAAGUUAAAAAGGCUGGAGGAAUCUCUCUCCGGUGAAGAAGCCUUUUAACCUGCUCUCUUUGGCGGUGGUGUAGGUGGAGGGAGAUCUAAUAGGUCUUCAACCAAUGGCUGAUCCUGAACUAGAAGCAAUUAGACAAAGGAGGAUGCAAGAGCUGAUGGCUCGACAAGGGCAGGGGAGUCAGCAGAACCCUGACCAGCAGAAAGCUCAGGAAGAGGCCAAGAGGGAGGCAGAUGAACAGAGGCAAAUGAUGCUCAGUCAGAUUUUGUCCAGUGAAGCUCGUGAAAGACUUGCUCGAAUUGCCUUGGUGAAACCUGAGAAGGCUAGGGGUGUGGAGGAUGUUCUACUCAGAGCUGCUCAGACUGGUCAGAUAGUUGAGAAGGUUUCUGAGGAGAGGCUUAUAUCAAUACUGGAACAGAUAAACACUCAAACAACUAAGCAAACUAAAGUCACGAUCCAGAGGCGUCGGAGUGUUCUUGACGACGAUGAUUAGUUUGAACAUCAAGUGCGAACCUCUGCCUCAUUUGUGGGGUAUGCUUUCAUAUUCAUGGAUGCAUAAACCCCAAUUUAAUGGGCUUUCUUAUAUAUAUUUUGAGACUGUAUUUACUUUGCAAUGUUGUAUUAUGCUAUCAUGAGAACUAAAGAUGGUGGUAGCUGGCUUAGAGUUUUAAUGAGUGAUGUGAAAAUGCUUUGCAAGUUGAAAUAUUAUCGAGGUCGAGAGGUUUGCCAAGUGGUGCUUCA